AUGUCAAAUGCUUCCUUGGUCGACCUCGCACUCCCUAUCGCAGCCCUGCUAAAGUCAGAGACCGCUACAGUUCAUGAUGCCGUUGAACAGAGUCCAGGUGCUGUCUGGUUAGCUAGUGGUCAACUUGACCGAGAAGAAUAUAUCCGCUUUUUGAUGAUGCUUUGGCAUGUGUAUGAUACGUUGGAAGCCGCCUUGGAAAAGCACUCAUCACAUCCUGUGAUCCAAUCUACGCAUAACCCGUCGUUGCUGUCUCGUGCCCCAAACAUAUCUGCCGACCUCAGCUAUCUUCUUCAUGUGGAUCACUCGGCUUGGACCUCGCAUCCUAUGCAUGUAGCACUUAUGGCUUCUCCGCCCCCUGCUCUUGCGGAAUAUCUGGCGCGGCUGCAGCGUGCCGCAAACUCUGAUGAUCCAUCCGCCUUGGUUGCUCAUGCAUAUGUGCGAUACCUAGGGGAUCUCAGUGGUGGCCAAGAAAUCCGCAUGAAAAUAGCCAAGGCGUAUGGCCUGUCUGAUGGCUGUGGAACCACCUUUUACGAAUUUGCCCCCCUCGAGGGGAGUGGUCUUGCGACUCGGGGUGAUAUGAAGAAAAUCAAAGACAGGUUUCGCCAGAGGUUGGAUGCAGCGAUAGGCGAUGACGCAGCACUAAAACUCACUAUUUUACAAGAAGCAAUCCUUGCUUUCGAGCUGACCGGUGGGAUUUUUGCCUCUUUGAGGCCGCCAUCGGUUCCUUCCAAGAACAUGCAAGAGGAGGAUUCGAAAUUGGUGUUCUCAGCAGAACCGCAGGAGAGAACGGUUCAGAUCUCCUCUGUCAUCGCGGUUGUGGCAGCGAUGUCCCUGGCACAUUUUCUACUCGUUGUGGGGGGCUUUACUGGCGACAAGGGACUUGCAAAGCUCGAGGCAAUUCGGGACUGGUUCAUUCGCUAA